AUGACGACGCAAACCGAUUAUGACUACGUUAUCUGUGGAGGUGGCCAUGCAGGCUGCGUUCUGGCUUCACGCCUGUCCCAAGCCGGCCACAGUGUAAUUCUGAUCGAAGCCGGACCCGAAGAUUACAGCGAGCAGAUUAUGAGCGCUACGGGGGCCCCGCAUCUUCUUGGAUCUUCGUUCGAAUACAAUGUCUACACGACGAAGCAGCCGGGGUUUGGGGACCGAUCAGUCCCGAAUCACGGAGGAAAGCUGCUGUCGGGCUCUACAGGAGUGAACUUUGGAUUAUGGACUCGCGGCCACUCAGUCGACUACGAUGUAUGGGCCGAGGCUGUAGGCGAUGAGCGCUGGAGUUACAAGAAUAUGCUCCCUUAUUUCAAAAAGGUAGAAACCCAUUAUGACCCCAAUGGCAAUCCCGCGCUGCAUGGCUUUACUGGGCCCAUUUCGACAACUGCCGGAGCUCGCACAUACCCACUGAGGGAGACUAUCAGAACUGCAUUCGCAUCCGCCGGUCUGGAGUACAAUCCUGACACUAAUAGCGGCAAUCCACUCGGCUUUGGAAAAUUCACGGAGAAUUGGAGAAACGGACAGCGGCAGCCCGCAGGCAAAGCAUAUGACUUGUCACGGGCGGUCGUUUUAACUGACAGCGUCGUCGCGUGCAUCCUCUUUGAAGGAGAUGAGCAAAAGACGGCAGUGGGAGUAAGCUUGACCAAUGGGUCCCAGUACAGAGCCGAGAAGGAGGUGAUCGUUAGCUGUGGAGCACUCAAAACUCCGCAGCUUCUGAUGCUAUCAGGGAUCGGGCCGGAGAGCGAACUCUCGAAGCACAACAUCAAGCCCAUUGCGAAGUUGCCUGUGGGUGAGAAUUUCCACGACCAUGUUGCCGCUUCGAUCUUUUGGAAGCUCAAGGAUCCGGAAAGGGGUCUUUCUCUGGGCUCGCCGCUCUUCAACAAACCAGAAUUCCGGCAUGGCAAUCCAAUGGAAUGGAUUGCCACCAUCACAACUCCACGUGAGAAGCUCGUCACUGCAGCUGCGGCAGACAAGAUCGACGCACAAGAUCCCUAUUUGAGCAAGGGGCCUCGAGCUAAUGCUGAAGUCUUUGUAUGUUACGGCCCAAUUGGCAGCUAUGGCUCGGGGUUUCAUCUUGUGCCGGAUGGCACUGUCAUUGCCACGCCCACGGUUCUGCUGCUACCGACUAGCCGUGGGAAGCUGGCAUUGGCUGAUACUAAUCCUCUGUCAAAUCCUAUUCUCGAUGCGCACUAUCUGCAAACCGAGACCGACCGCGAGGCCAUGCGGACUGGUGUUCGGCUAUGCCUGAAGAUCAUGGAGACAGAAGCUGCCCGAGAGAUCGUCGAAGGAGAAAUUCCCCCUCCCGGCUAUCCUACGAUCAGCAGUACUUCUACCAAUGCUGAGAUCGACAGACGUGUUGGUAUCAUGGGGAAUACUUUCUUCCAAAACGCUGGUACGGCAUCCAUGGGUGCGGUCGUCGACACUCAGUGCCGUGUCAAAGGCGUCAAUAAUUUACGUGUAUGUGAUGCUAGUGUAAUUCCGACGCCUAUUGCUGGGCAUUACCAAGCACCGAUGUAUGCUUUUGCUGAAGCAGCUGCCGAUAUCAUUCUCGGUGAAUGA